AGCCGCUGCCUUUGCCGCUACUGCUACCACCUCUCCUCCUCUGCCUCUGACCACUCACCCUCACCUCCCUGCCGCUCUCACCCUGCCAUGAUCUCAGCCCUCCCAAGGACCCUGGCCCAGCUCUGAGCCCUGGGACCCCUGGCCCCCUUCCCUGGGCCAUGGCCAACUCAGGCCUCCAGCUCCUGGGCUACUUCCUGGCCCUGGGUGGCUGGGUGGGCAUCAUCGCCAGCACAGCCCUGCCGCAGUGGAAGCAGUCCUCCUACGCGGGCGACGCCAUCAUCACUGCCGUGGGCCUCUAUGAAGGGCUCUGGAUGUCCUGCGCUUCCCAGAGCACAGGGCAGGUGCAGUGCAAGCUCUACGACUCGCUGCUCGCCCUGGACGGUCACAUCCAGGCAGCACGAGCUCUGAUGGUAGUGGCCGUGCUCCUGGGCUUCGUGGCCAUGGUCCUCAGUGUGGUCGGCAUGAAGUGCACAAGGGUCGGAGACAGCAACCCCAUCGCCAAGAGUCGCGUGGCCAUCUCUGGGGGCAUCCUCUUCCUCCUGGCAGGCCUCUGCACAUUGACGGCUGUCUCGUGGUAUGCCACCCUGGUGACCCAGGAGUUCUUCAACCCGAGCACACCUGUCAAUGCCAGGUAUGAAUACGGCACGGCCCUCUUCGUGGGCUGGGCCUCUGCCGGCCUGGCCAUACUGGGAGGCUCCUUUCUCUGCUGCACAUGCCCAGAGCCUGAGCGGUCCAACAACAGCCCUCAGCCCUACCGGCCCGGGCCCUCAGCUGCUGCCCGAGAACCAGUUGUUAAAUUGUCUGCCUCCGCCAAGGGCCCCCUGGGUGUGUAA